AACAUACUGACAAAUCCAGGCGCCUGAAUACUGUGCUUUAAAUGAAAUCCACCCUCCCCAGUAAAUGCAGAAAAAAAAGUUCACAGCAACAGAAUGAACUAAUAACUACCCUCAACAACACUUCGAUCCAGAAUUUUGAACUACCAGAUCAAUGGCUUCUUCAGAAAUCGAAAUCGUAUUCGACUCCAACGAUCAACAGAACUCGGGUUUUCAAAACCCUAAUGAACCAGCCAUAAUCGAUGUUUACUCUGCUGCCGCUUACGGAGAUUUUGACAAACUCCGAAAAUUCGUUGAAAUUGACGGCGUUUCCGUUUACCAGCCGGACGGCAACGGAUAUUACGCACUUCAAUGGGCUGCUCUCAACAACUUCGUUGAUAUUGUCCAAUAUAUCAUCGAGCACGGAGGCAAUGUCCAUGCGACCGACAAUGCGGGGCAGACUGCAUUGCAUUGGGCAGCAGUGCGGGGCUCAAUUGCUGCUGCUGAUGUGUUGUUGCAGAAUGGUGCGCGGGUUGAGGCUGCUGAUGUUAAUGGUUAUCGGGCAGUUCAUGUUGCAGCUCAAUAUGGACAAACAGCAUUUCUAAAUCACAUUGUUGCAAAGUAUCAGGCUGACCUUAAUGUACCGGAUAAUGAUGGGAGGAGCCCUCUUCACUGGGCUGCAUACAAGGGAUUUGGUGAUACAAUUAGGUUACUUCUAUUCAGAGAUGCUUUCCAAGGGAGACAAGAUAAAGAUGGUUGCACUCCUUUGCAUUGGGCAGCAUUAAGAGGAAAUGCAGAGGCUUGCACUUUACUUGUACAUGCAGGCACAAAGGAGGACGUAACAGUCAAAGAUAAGGCUGGAUUUACUCCUGCAGAGCUUGCAUCUGAUAAAGGUCAUCGGCAAAUAGCACUUAUACUUGUAGUUAUUAUCUAUCAUCUGCUUAGCUGUGUCUUGAGGCUGGAAGUAUUUUGUGUGAAUGACAGUCUGAAAUUCAAUUCUGUGCAGUCUAAUGCCCAACGUUCACUGCAAAAGCAGUGGAAAGACAAUGUUUUCCCUGCUAAAAUGGGGGGAAAAGGCUACGCUCCAAUUCUAUUCUCUGUUGUUGUUGUCAACAUCAUUCUCUUCAUCAGUUCAGUCCUCUUUGCUCCUGGUCUUACAAAAGUUACUGCUGUUGUUGCACUUUGGGGAUGGACUGCUGCUUCCCUGGCAGUUGGCGCGCUCCUGAUGUUAGUGCGUUGCAGUAGUAAAGAUCCAGGUUACAUCAAGACAGGGGUCACUUGUCAACCUGAUGCUCAGGAUGCACUAUUGAAUAUUGAUCUGAACAAUACUUCCAGCUGGACUGGGAACUGGUCUCAGCUUUGUCCCACCUGCAAGAUCAUACGACCUGUUCGGUCAAAACACUGUCCUACUUGCAACCGUUGUGUUGAACAAUUCGAUCAUCAUUGUCCCUGGGUCUCAAAUUGCGUGGGGAAGAGGAAUAAGUGGGACUUCUUCGUUUUCCUUUGCAUGGGUUCUUUGACAUCUAUAAUUGGUGCUGCGGUAGCUGUCCAAAGAAUUUGGACAUCAGUACCAUCAUUGGUAGAUGAUGAAUCUUGGUUACAUCAUGUUGUCUUUGCGUAUCCCAGUAUAAUCGCUUUUCUGUUCAUGGAUGGGGUUAUUCUGAUUGCUGCUGUAACUCUGUGUGUAGUACAAAUAUCCCAGAUAGCUCGGAAUAUUACAACCAAUGAAAUGGCGAAUGCUAUUAGAUAUGGGUAUCUUCGUGGUCCAGAUGGGAGGUUCCGGAAUCCUUAUAACCAUGGAUGUCGAAAGAAUUGCUCUGAUUUCCUUAUCAAUGGUUACACAAAUGAUGAUGAGAUCGCAUGGCCACCUCUGCAGCACGUUGCAAGAUAGCAGCAAGGGUCUGUGGAUGCAUAUAUUUUCCAUAUGAGCUCUUCAGUGUUUCUAAAAGAAUGCGAGGUGCUCAGGUAUAUUUACAUUCACAUUGUAAAAAAAGGAUCAUCCCUCAAUAUUAUAGGAAAAUAUAAUCCCUAACUCUUGCUGCAUUGAAAUGAUACUGUUCUCUGUACAUCUUCAUGUAUCAAAUGUUCGAGUGAUGAGGAGAUUUUUCGACAAUUAACGGAAGGAGUGAAAGACGUAUUAUCAAGGAGAAACUUUACUGUAAUUUCAUUUCAUGUUCUAGUUACUUCCGAUUAAGCAGUUAUAUAUUCAUUUUCCGUUA